AACAAACCAGUUCCAACCACAACAAUAAUGCCGGAAAACCAGCUGCCUUCUUCUCGCUAUGAUUUGAACACGUACUGGGGUCGUGUCCGCCAUGCCAUGGAAAUUACCGAUCCUAGAACUUUGUUGACAACCAAAAAGGAUCUGGCUAACGCCGUGGCUGUUUUGGAUGCCUUCAAAACCGGCAAGAACCCAAAGUUGGAUGAGAGUGUUUGGCACGCCAAGAAGAUCGUUGAUUCGACUCUUCACCCUGAUACCAAGCAACCAGUUUUCCUUCCCUUUCGCAUGUCUUGCUUCGUUUUGACAAACUUGGUUGUAACGGCUGGUAUGCUCCAGCCUAAUUUGGGAACUUUGGGUACGGCAUUUUGGCAAUGGACAAACCAAUCCGUCAAUGUUGCCUUUAAUUCCGCCAAUGCCAACAAAUCCUCGCCCUUGAGCUUGUCUCAAACAGCCAAAUCAUAUGCUUAUGCUGUGUCGGCUAGUUGUGGUGUGGCCAUUGGCUUGAACAAGCUUGUUCCUCGUCUCAAAUUCUUGUCCGCCUCGGCAAAAACUGUUUUGGGCCGUUUGACACCAUUCGCUGCUGUUGCCUCUGCAGGUGCCCUGAACGUUUUCUUGAUGCGUGGUGAAGAGCUUCGUCGGGGUAUCGAUGUAUACGAUGCUGAAGGCAACUCUUUGAGCAAGUCAAAGAAGGCUGCCUUCUAUGCCGUCGGCGAGACAGCUCUGUCUCGUGUGUUCAACUGCUCACCUAUUAUGGUGUUGCCACCUCUGGCCUUGAUGGCUUUCCAAAAGCAAAACUGGUUGCGCACGCGUCCCGGUUUGACUAUUCCAGUUAACCUGGCACUUAUCUUUGCAACCUCUAUUGUUGCCCUUCCUCUCGCCAUCGGUGUCUUCCCUGCUCGUGAGAGUGUGUCUCCUCACAAGCUCGAGCCCGAGUUCCAUCACUUGAAAGACAAGAAUGGCAAGCCCUUGGCAAAGAUCGAGUUCAACCGUGGUUUAUAAGGAUGUUCAAUAGGUUUACCCGAUAGACACAUUUGUUUAUUAGUGUGCCGUGUGUUUUGUGCAUCUGUUGGAUGCUCCCAGUAUUCAAUUUUUAUAUUGAUUUCUAUUUGUUUUCUAGAAAAAAAUAGACAUUUUUUGGCGCAUCACACACAGCCAGAGCUGUUUGUAAAUUGUUAGAUUUCUGGGGAAAUUUCAAAAUUCUACUCAUUGUAACACUGCUGUUAAUAAACGC